CCCAAUAAUAAUCAUCUCUUAACCAAAGCAAGAAAGUUAUUGUAAUCCUUCAGUUGGUGACUAGACCCACCCCUCUGUUUUGGACUGAAAAGUCUCAAUUCAACACUCUCUCCUUUCUUUUCCAGUCUCCAAGUCCAACCCGGAGGACCCAUCCCGGAGUUCCUCGGUGGAGGAGAUGGCUUCCAGCCCGUUGCCAGGGCCCAACGACAUCCUGCUGGCGUCGCCAUCCAGCGCCUUCCAGCCCGACCCGCUGAGCCAGCCACGGUCAGGCCACGCCAACCUCAAACCCAACCAGGUGGGCCAGGUUAUCCUCUACGGCAUUCCCAUCGUGUCUUUGGUGAUCGACGGGCAGGAGCGCCUGUGCCUGGCGCAAAUCUCCAACACUCUCCUCAAGAACUUCAGCUACAACGAGAUCCACAACCGCCGAGUGGCGCUGGGCAUCACGUGCGUGCAGUGCACGCCGGUGCAGCUAGAAAUCCUGCGUCGGGCCGGGGCCAUGCCUAUCUCCUCACGCCGCUGUGGCAUGAUCACCAAGCGAGAGGCCGAGCGUCUGUGCAAAUCCUUCCUGGGAGAAAACAGGCCACCUAAGCUGCCCGACAACUUCGCCUUCGACGUGUCUCACGAGUGCGCCUGGGGCUGCCGUGGCAGCUUCAUCCCUGCGCGCUACAACAGCUCUAGGGCCAAGUGCAUCAAAUGCAGCUACUGCAACAUGUACUUCUCACCCAAUAAGUUUAUUUUCCACUCCCACCGCACGCCUGACGCCAAGUAUACGCAGCCAGACGCAGCCAACUUCAACUCCUGGCGCCGUCAUCUUAAACUCACUGACAAGAGCCCACAGGACGAGCUAGUCUUCGCCUGGGAGGACGUGAAGGCCAUGUUCAACGGCGGUAGCCGCAAGCGCGCGCUGCCCCAGCCCGGCACGCACCCCGCCUGCCACCCUCUCAGCUCGGUCAAGGCGGCCGCAGUGGCAGCUGCAGCCGCGGUGGCCGGGGGCGGGGGGGCAGGAGGGGCGGCUGGCGCCAAAGGCCCACGCAGCUACCCGGUCAUCCCAGUGCCCAGCAAGGGCUCGUUCGGGGGUGUACUGCAGAAGUUCCCGGGCUGCGGGGGGCUCUUUCCGCAUCCUUACACCUUCCCAGCAGCUGCAGCUGCCUUUGGCUUGUGCCACAAAAAGGAGGACUCGGGCGCUGCGGCGGAGGCCCUGGGGGCCGCGGGCGCGGGCAGCGCAGGUGCAGCUCCCAAGGCCGGCUUAUCCGGGCUGUUCUGGCCCGCCGGCCGCAAGGACGCCUUCUACCCGCCCUUCUGCAUGUUCUGGCCUCCGCGGACCCCCGGUGGGCUCCCUGUGCCUACCUACCUACAGCCCCCACCGCAGCCCCCUUCUGCGCUAGGCUGCGCGCUCGGGGACAGCCCGGCCCUGCUGCGCCAGGCCUUCCUGGACCUGGCUGAGCCCGGCGGCGCCGGGGGCAGCGCCGAGGCUGCUCCCCCACCGGGUCAGCCCCCUCCAGGGAUAGCCAACGGCCCAGGCUCUGGCCCACCACCUCCUUCAGGGACCGGGGGCGCCCGCGACACUCUCUUCGAGUCGCCCCCGGGCGGCAGCGGGGGAGACUGCAGCGCGGGCUCCACACCGCCGGCAGACCCGGGCACCACCCCGGGAUCAGGGGCUGCGUCCGCUGCAGCGGGUCCGGCGGGCUCCCGGGUGCCUGCGCCCCACCACCCGCACCUUCUGGAGGGGCGCAAAGCGGGCGGCAGUAGCUAUCACCAUUCGAGCGCCUUCCGGCCGGUAGGCGGCAAGGACGACGCCGAAAGCCUGGCCAAGUUGCACGGGGCGUCGGCAGGCGCGCCGCACUCGACCCAAGCCCAUCACCACCACCAUCAUCACCACCCCCACCACCAUCACCACCAUCACCCCACGCAGCCCCCAUCGCCGCUGCUGCUGCUGCCCCCGCAGCCCGACGAGCCGGGUUCUGAGCGUCACCAUCCAGCCCCGCCGCCGCCCCCGCCGCCGCCGCCCCCGCUGGCCUCGCAGCCGCACCACCGAGGCCUUCUGUCCCCCGGAGGCACAAGCUGCAGCUACCCCAGCGAGGACAGCUCUGAGGAUGAGGAUGACGAGGAAGAAGAACAGGAGGUGGACGUGGAGGGCCACAAACCCCCAGAGGGCGAAGAAGAGGAGGAGGAAGGGCGAGACCCCGAAGAAGAUGAGGAGGAAGACGAGGAGACGGGGGUCUUACUGGGGGACCCCUUAGUUGGCGGCGGCCGGUUCCUACAGGGCCGAGGCCUGUCAGAGAAAGGAGGCAACCGGGACCGCGCGCCCACCGCCACUGGUGCUUUUCCACUAACCCUGAACAGCUCCAGGCUGCUGCAAGAAGAUGGGAAACUGGGGGACCCCGGCAGCUCGGACCUGCCUCCGCCCCCACCCCCGCCCCUUGCCCCCCAGAAAGCGAGCAGUGUCGGCGGCAGCAGCCCGGGCAGCCCAGUCCACCAUCCAUCACUGGAGGAGCAGCCCUCCUACAAAGAUAAUCAGAAAACUAAGGAAAAUAACCAAGUUAUUGUGUCUGCAAAGGAUGACAACACCUUUUCAGAUAAGAACAAGGAGCAUAGCUUUUUCAUCACAGACGCAGAUGCCUCUGGAGGAGAUUUUUGGAGAGACAGAUCAGGUGAACACACUCAAGAAACAAGUUCACCUCAUUCACUCAAAAAGGAUGUGGAAAAUAUGGGGAAAGAAGAACUUCAGAAGGUUUUAUUUGAACAAAUAGACUUACGGAGACGACUAGAGCAAGAAUUUCAAGUGUUAAAAGGAAACACAUCUUUCCCCGUAUUCAAUAAUUUUCAAGAUCACAUGAAAAGGGAACUAGCCUACCGUGAAGAAAUGGUGCAACAGUUACAAAUUAUCCCCUAUGCAGCAAGCUUGAUCAGGAAAGAAAAGCUUGGUGCCCAUCUCAGCAAAAGCUAAAAGGUGCACAGACCCACUUACUCUUGUUCUCUUGUAAGAUACAGCCUACUACUGAGCACUUCGGACCUGCAGAAAGGCUGCACAUUGAAAGGGCUUGGGAAUCAAAUGCAAAAUCAGGUUCAGGAGAACCCAAGGACAAGUGACCUCAAAGCAGCAUGGACAACCAUGUAAAAUAGACUGUAGCAGCCAUUCAUUAGUGGGGGGAGGGGGGAGCCAACCAGAGCAGUCAAUGCUUGUCGCAUCUUUUGGUGGAACCAAAGUUUGAGUAUUUGUGUUUUUAAAGGACAACAGAACCCAGAGCGUGGAAAAUGCUCUUCGCCAACAGACUGGGUGGGAAAUCCACGGGUGGUCCCAAGUGGUCUCAGUUCUGCACACAUGGACAGAUCAGCUCUAUACGAUUGUCUUUUACUUUAGAAGAAGUGAAUUUUGAUGGAAAGAAAACAGAAGACCUGUUCCAGGAGCAGGAAUCAUGUUUGGGCAAAUGAGAAAACAUCAGCUGAAGAAACCUGCUUUUCAUAGCAAACUGGACAGACACACGU